UGUGAAAAAGCGUUCUGUGCCUUUAAGAUUGCGACCUGCCGUAAAUGGUUACGAUAAUGUAGGAAAUCAAUAACACGUGUAAAAAAAUAUUUUAUGAAGCUAGCGACAUGAAGAUGGGGAUUUUGGUGUAAAUUUAUCCAUGAUACCAGUAUUUAUUCAAACUAAUAAUAUGGUGAUCCUUGCAGUUGAUACAUUUGUCCGAAUUUAAAUACUUUGAGUAGUUUAAAGGAUUGAAAGGAAAGAAUCAUGUUCGUGGCAGUGGAGAUGGUUGACACUGUCAGAAUCCCCCCAUGGAAUUUCCAGCGGCAGUUCAAUGAAGCCAUAGCCGAAGAACUCAACAAGAAAUUGGCCAAUAAGGUGGUUUACCAGGUUGGCCUCUGUAUCUGUUUGUAUGACAUCACAAAACUGGAGGAUUCCUACAUAUUCCCAGGUGAUGGAGCUUCCCACACCAAAGUCCACUUCAGGUAUGUUGUGUUCCACCCUUUUUUGGAUGAGAUUCUUGUUGGAAAGAUCAAAUACUGCAGUCAAGAAGGAGUACAUGUCAGCCUAGGAUUCUUUGAUGACAUCGUCAUUCCCCCAGAGUCGCUACAGCAGCCUGCAAAAUUCGAUGAAGCAGAGCAGGUGUGGGUGUGGGAGUAUGAGACGGACGAAGGGGCCCAUGACCUCUACAUGGACCAAGGUGAGGACAUCCGCUUCCGGGUCACAGAUGAAGUCUUCCUGGACACGUCGCCCACAGGCCCUUCUGCCGCAGCAACCGACACCUCUGCAGCUCCAGGGGCAGAGGGUGGCCAAAAGAAAGAUGCCCCUUACACACUGCUAGGUACCAUUAGCGAGCCAGGCUUGGGCCUCCUGUCUUGGUGGAACAGCUAGCGAAAGGAGAGGCCAUUACAGUAGAGAAAACAGCGAGACAGAUGUCAAGUAUUCAUCCCAGCUGCUGGACAUACACCUUCUUUUUGGACUCUUCUCAGUCACUCCUCCCAGGUUGUGACUUUAACACUGGAGAAACAUGCCUCCUGUGAAGUGUCCACAAGGUUAAUAGACACAGAACUGCGGGCUCAAGUAGAGGAGCCAGGAUUCCCAUAAUAGGAAUGGCAGACCCAAGGACAAGGGACCAGUAGCAAGGAUUUCUAAUAGAGCACACAGGCCGGGGACAUGGAGAACUGUCUCACUUGCAAAGCUGUAGAUCCACUUCCCCCUGUAUAUUGUAAAUACUACCACCAUAACUGUUAACGCACCAGCAUUUACACUCGGUGCACAUGACCGUAAGAAAGACUGACUAAAGGGCCCCAAUUGGCCUAUUUAGUGUCACCAUGUAAGUCUGAGUGUUCACUUGAACAAAUAAUGGAGUGAGUGUGCCUAAAUAUACAAUUGUGUGUUGUCUUUUUGACCAGUAUAGUGUUUCAUCAGUGAUCAUUUUUGUUUGCAUGAUUUUGAGUUUGGUUAUUUAAGCAAUAAUGCCCAAGGAGAUGAUGGUAUAUGACCAAUAUACCACGGCUAAGGGCUGAUCUCAGGCAUGACGCAUUGCGGACUAUUGGCCAUGCCACAAAGCCCUGAGUUUUUAAAAAUUGCUAUUAUAAACUGGUUACCAACGUAAUUAGAGCAGUCAAAAUAAACGUUUUGUCAUAUCUGUGGUAUAUGGCUGAUAUACCACUUCUGUCAGCCAAUCAGCAUUCAGGACUCGAACCACCCAGUUUAUAAUUGUGUACAGGACAUGUAUCCCAAAAAUAUAAUAAAAUAACUGUCCUUGGGAGGGUUUGUCAUGAACCCACAAGCACGAGACCUCA